UUAUUUAUAUUCUGUAUAUCUCUAUAUGUUUUAAACAAAAUUUGAUUAUUUUAUCGACAAUUUAUUUUCAGUGGCCAUUGUCUUACCGAUAGUAGUCUAGACACGUGUGUUGAGAAAGAGACAGACAAAGAUAGUGUUGGCCAGMGAUAUGAGUGUCGAAAAUCAAGUAAACAAUCAUCGGAUGGACGGCGGCGGCGAUGACAAUGGACAGACCGGUCGCCGACAAAACUUAUCGGUUUCGUCGGACUCGAGUUCGGCAUCGGAUUCGUCUUCGGAUUUUGUCUUCUAUAGUCAACGGCCCGACUGGACGGACAUCAAACCUGUUGCACAGGACGACGGACCGCAUCCGGUAGUGGCCAUCGCCUAUAGCGACCGUUUUCGCGAUACUUUCGACUAUUUUCGGGCCAUUCUGGCCAAAAACGAGAUGUCUGCUCGGGCUCUGCUGUUGACCGAAGACUGUGCCAAAUUGAAUCCAUCCAAUUAUACCAUUUGGUACUUUCGGCGACUGAUUAUCCAAGAGUUGCGCUACGAUUUGAACGAAGAGCUACAAUACAUUCGUACAGUGAUUGGCGACAACGCCAAGAACUAUCAGGUAUGGCAUCACCGCAAGUGUAUUGUCGAACAAAUCAAACAACAAAUUGUCGACAAAUACCAGACUAAAGCAGAAGAAAAGGACGACAACAGCAGUGACAUGGCUCGAGAGUUGUCCGAUUUGGUGGCCGAAGAGAAAGACUUUGUAACGAUUAUGUUAAGACAAGACUCGAAGAACUAUCACGGAUGGCAACACCGACAAUGGCUUAUCAAAGACUUUGCGGUAUUCGAUGGUGAACUUGACUAUACGGCUGAGCUCAUGGACGACGACAUCCGCAACAACAGCGCMUGGAAUCACCGGUAUUACGUAAUAGCCAACACUACCGGCUUUGUCGGAYCAGUACUGGACAGUGAAAUUCAGUUUACUUGCCAUAAGAUAUCGUUGGCGCCGAACAACGAAAGCGCCUGGAAUUACUUGAGAGGUAUCUUAGACGGUGUGAGCGUUAACUCCAGUUCCGUUGUCAGCCAACUGUGCGACGAAUUGUAUAAAAGUCUYGAAACUCAUCGAUCGCCUCAUUUGYUGGCCUUUAUGAUCGAAGCCAUCGAUGARACACUUAGUCGUCAACAGCAGACAGAACCAGAUCAGCAACUGUUGCGGAAAGCACUCGAUUACUGUCAAACUCUGUCCACACGGAUCGACACAAUCCGUACUGAAUAUUGGAAUUACAUCGCCCGUGAUCUCAACCAAAGAUUUGCGGCCAAAUGAAUGACCAAAAAAAGUCAAUUAUUGACCGCAAAGUUAGUUAACAUGAACURUAU